UCUCUCUCUCUCUCUCUCUCUCUCUUUUAGAGCUUUUGUUUCGUCUCAUCUCUCUCCUUUUCUUUAUCCUCCCCAAAUUUUAUCAAUUCGAGCAAAUAAUAAACUUUGUCCGUUUCUUUUUCAUUUUGUUUUCUAAUUUCUUUAAUGAAUCUUUGAGCCCUUGAUUUCUCUGUGAAUUAGUUUUGGAUAGUGACAGUGGUUGUUGUAAGACUCCAAUGCCGAUUGAAGAGGAUACCGAGAGCUGCGGGAGUAGAGCUGUGGACUCGAUGGCCCAUGUAAAUCCUCGACAUCAUAGGCAAAAGCUGGACGUUUACAACGAGGUGCUUAAGCGUAUCCAGGACUCUAAUUACGAGGAAGCUAAUCUUCCCGGUUUCGAUGACCAGCUCUGGCUUCAUUUCAAUCGACUCCCUGCUCGAUACGCAUUAGAUGUGAAUGUGGAGCGGGCAGAAGAUGUGCUAACACAUAAAAGAUUACUGCAUUUGGCAGAAGACCCUGCUAAUCGUCCUGUUUUUGAAGUUCGUAUUGUGCAGGUCUAUUCUGUCUCCACCGCGCCUUCUAUUGACUCUGUUCAUUCUGAUUCUUCUAUGAAAGAAGAUGCACAAAGUGUUUAUCAUUCAAAUAGACAAGGCAUCCACCCACCUCCGACUUUUGGUUCAUCGCCUAAUCUUGAAACUCUUGCACUUCAAGCAAGUAGAUAUCAUGUUGAAGAUGGAGACAGUGCUGUGAAUUCAACAUCACAUCUUUCCCGGCCUAUGCACGAGAUCACCUUUUCAACAGUUGACAGGCCUAAACUCCUUAGUCAGUUGACUUCUUUACUUGCGGAGAUUGGGUUGAACAUUCAAGAAGCUCAUGCCUUUUCCACUGUUGAUGGGUAUUCUUUGGAUGUUUUUGUUGUUGACGGUUGGCCAUUUGAGGAAAUCGAGGAGCUCAAAAAUGCAUUGGAGAAUGAAAUUUUAAAGUCUAAGGAGCAAUCAUAUUCAAGGAAGAGUUCAAUAUCUGCUAUGACUGAGCAUAUCAAAGAAGGAAUCAUUUCCUUGCCCGAUUGUGUUGAAAUUCCUACAGAUGGAACUGAUGUAUGGGAAAUUGAUACCAGGCAGCUCAAAAUUGAAAACAAGAUUGCAUCUGGGUCAUAUGGUGAUCUAUACAGAGGCACAUAUUGUAGUCAAGAGGUGGCUAUUAAAGUCCUCAAGCCUGAGCAGGUUACAGGAGAAAUGUUGAGGGAGUUUUCUCAGGAAGUUUAUAUUAUGAGGAAAAUUCGGCAUAAGAAUGUUGUUCAAUUGAUAGGUGCAUGUACAAGAGCUCCAAACCUGUGCAUCGUGACUGAGUUCAUGGCCAGAGGUAGCAUAUAUGACUAUCUGCAUAAGCAAAGGGGUGUUUUUAAGUUGCCAUCUCUACUUAAAGUAGCGAUUGACGUUUCCAAGGGAAUGAACUAUUUGCAUCAAAAUAACAUCAUCCACAGGGACCUGAAAACUGCCAAUCUUCUGAUGGAUGAAAAUCAAGUUGUUAAAGUUGCUGACUUUGGAGUUGCUAGGGUGCAAUCUCAAUCAGGAGUAAUGACAGCUGAAACUGGAACAUACCGCUGGAUGGCUCCUGAGGUGAUUGAGCACAAACCAUAUGAUCACAAGGCAGAUGUUUUUAGCUUUGGAAUAGCACUCUGGGAACUACUAACAGGAGAACUCCCAUAUGCUCUCUUAACUCCAUUACAAGCAGCGGUUGGUGUGGUGCAAAAGAGUCUACGCCCUGCAAUCCCAAAGAAUACUCACCCAAGACUAGGAGAACUGCUUGAGAGAUGCUGGCAGCAGGACCCAACUCAACGACCUAACUUCUCUGAAAUCAUUGAUAUCCUUCAACAAAUAGCUAAAGAGGUUGCAGAUGAGGAAAAUGGCCGCAAGAGCAAGUCAUCUGGCGGUUUUUUCUCAGCUAUGAUAAGGGGAAACCAUUGAACCCAAGAGAAAAGAGGCUCUGAACUACAUGUAUUAUUGUCUGACUACUUGGCGUAUCUUAUCAUAUGCUUUUUGCAUUGUAUAGAAUUAUGCAUGAUGAGCUAUUCAGUACAGCGGUCUGGGUGAAGAGAGCGAUUCACUUUUUAGCACUCUUUUAAGUUACAGUUGCUGUGUGUGUGUUUGUGUUUCCAAUUUUUCUUUCUUCUGUUAUGUAAAACACUAAUACUUGCCCUUUCAAAUUUUCUUUUCGCAAUCUGUAUCAUGCGGGUCAUCUGAAAACUGCUGUAAGAACUUCGUAUGGGCUUGUUAUAUAAAGAGCGAGAAGUGGAUGAUUGGUGAAAAAAACGCUC